AGCCUCCCUAAAUUAAUACAAAAGAAAAUAUAAAUUUUCUUCGUACGCGCGUAAAACAAGUUCUACGGCUGAUAAAAUGUCAAUGUUAUCACAAUAAAUGAAUAUUAUUUUUAUCUAAGAUUCCUAAAUCGAUAAAUUGUGUGUAGCAAAUCCAAAUACGAGACAUAAAAAUGACAGCAGAACAUAAAAAAUUUUUAAAUGGUCUUUUAAACAGCAUAGAAGGCCUACAUAGUAUAUUAAUCACAGAUCGAGAUGGUGUACCGGUCGUAUCUGUAGCAGAUGAGAAAGCACCAGAACUUGCUAUGAGAGCAAGUUUUCUUUCUACUUUUGGAAUGGCUACAGAUCAAGCAAGUAAAUUAGGACUUGGAAAAAAUAAAAUAGUUAUCUGUAUGUACAGCAGUUAUCAGGUUGUGCAAUUAAAUAAAUUACCAUUGGUUAUCAGCUUUAUUGCUAGUCAUAAUUGUAAUACAGGCCAUAUUUUAUCCCUAGAGAAUAAAAUUGAACCAAUUUUGAGCAACUUAAAAAGUGCAGUGGUAGAAGCCUGAUGGUUACCUGUAGUUCACUAUGGGUGAUAAAUAAUAAAUAUUCUUCGAAGCACUUGUCUAUAUCUCUCGAAGGAUAAUUGAUAUGUUAUUAGGCAUUGUUAUGUACAGUACCUAUAAUUGAAGGAAAAUUGUUCUAUAUUUGUUUAUUGAUAUUAUUUCACGAAUUAUUAUUAUUGGUUUUUCUCACUUUUUAUAAGAAUUUAUUCGUUAAAUGUAUUAUUUUUAAUGAGGUAAUUGAAUAAGGAAGUACAUAAUUUACGACAUA